AUGGACUUUUCCGGUCUCGGUGCGCGCCAAUCCGAACCGCCACCAAAAUCCCCACAACCGCAAGUACCCAGUCGGUUGCCGGACCACGUUUUAAACGCACUCCAAUCAGAAUCCGUGUCCUUCAGCUCCAAGAGUCAUGCCACCGUGGGGCGUGCCGGGAGUAUGGGCAUCCCGCCUGUGACCGUUGGCAACGUCAGCCCCACCACCGAACACGGGCACUCCUCUCGUCGUCUGCCAGUACACGCCACACAGUCUAUGGCCAUCCGCACACAGCCGAAUAUACCCCGAGACUUCUCCAUCCACGUGGACCAUAUACGCGAGCGGUCUGGUAGUAGUGCGGGUGUGGUGAUGCCGGCAUCGCGCACGCGCACGGAGAGUCCCGAACUGUCGGCCGCGGAAGCCUUGGACGCUAUACUUAAGCCCAGUGGCAGUGGGGGUCUGCCGGAUAACAUCCCGCGGCUGAUGCACACUGGUGAGUCUGUGACUACACAUGCAGAAGCGACCACAAACCCAAGCACGCCGACACCAGUGACUAUACCGCCACGUACCGGUCAAGCCCCCAUUCCCUCGUGCACCCGAACCCAUUCCGAUGAGACAGGGCCGUUAGUCACACCUCGGAGGCCUAUAGACACGAGACGUGCCAGUACACCGGGAGUGCUGGAGAUCCGAUCCGUAAUGCCCAGUUCUCCCGCAGAGCUUAGAAGCGCGGAUGACGUGGUGAGCUCACUACCUGACAGGGGCCGUGUGGGCAGCCAUGACUCGCUGGCACAGAACUUUGACAAUGGGGAUCCUCCUCAGGCCUUGCCCAGGUCGAGGUCUUGCUCAGCAGGACCGGGGAAUGGACGUCUGUCGUCUUUCACAACCAAACCCUGUGAGUGCAAGUACCGCCAGCGAGAACCAACCGAAAAACUUACGCCAGACGAUAUCACACAGCCAAACGCCGACUGUAAACACUUCGCUCAACGCCAAUGCUGCGACGGGCUAUUAGUGUCAAAUUGA